CAACGCCCUGAACUGCACCUCCACCACAUCCAACCCAGAGGAGAAGUCGCCGUACGAGAUGUGGCACGGGCACCCUCCCCCGUCGGGGGCGACGUACCCGUUCCUCAAACCUGCCGUAUACAAGGUCAAGCGCACACACAAGUCCGAGCCAAAAGCCCAAAAGUGUUUUUACCUCGGCCCGGGAAUCAACACCAACCGUGAUUGCGUGCGCAUCCUCAACGAAAAACGCCGAGCGAUCACAACUCGCAACUUCACCUGGCAAUCCGUGCCCGCCACCCCCGCCGCCCUGCCCCAGUCGCUGCCUCCCAUCGCAGAGGAGGAAGAGGAAUUCGCGACUGAGGAGGACGAGGUUGGGGAGGGCGCGGCGUACCAAGGUGGAGGGAGGGCGGAGAGAGAACCUGUGGAUGGAGGACCAGGUUUCAACCUUGGCUCGACGGCAGCCCCAGGGCCCGCGGGGCCGCCCGCGCGCGCAGCGCCGGCGGCGCCGCCGGCCGCGCCCCAGGAGUCGGGCGCGGGCGACGCUGGCGAUGGCGCCCCCUCGAGCAGGGAGAGCGCGAGCGUCGCCCCAUCUACCACGUCGACCGGCACGGCCGAUGUGGGCGGCGGCGAGGACGACCGCCGCAGCAGCAGCAGCCGCGGUAGCGGCGGCAGCGGCGGCAGCGGCGGCGACAGCAGUAGCCGCGGUAGCGGCGGCAGUGGCAGCGACAGCAGCAGCGGUGGCAGCAGCGUCGAUGACGGCGGCAGCGACAGCAGCAGUGGCAGCGACAGCGAGACGGAUCUCCCGGCGCUCUGUGGGCCAGAGGCCCGGCGGCUCGCCCACUUCGACAAGCUGACGGAACUCGCCAGCCGCCGCACUAGGGAGAGCCCUCGCCGAAACCCGAGGUACGAGUCGCCCCCGUCGCCGACAAGUGCCGAAGCCCUGCUCGCCUCGGUGGCGAGCCUGCCCGUCAGCAGCACGGAGGAGUUCACCCACUGGAUGCUCUCGGCGGUGCUUCACGUGGCGGAGGCGCUAGAGGCGAGGGUGGUGCGAGAGUUGCUGUUCGAGCGCGCGGAGGAGGCCCACGCUGCGCGCCAAGAGCCGGAGGACUUCCUGCUGGGUACGGUUGUCCUCAUGCUCAACUCGCCAGACGCCUUCGAGACGGCUCUGACGUCCCACGAGCUAAGUGAAUCCCCCAUAGGC